AAACAAGGCAUCAUGUAGAACAGACCCUAAAUAAUUUUUUUCAUUUUGAACACAAAUGGUAAAACAGACUUUUCAAGCUCUCACAUCAAAGUAGCUAAAGUCAAGGAAAUUUUAAGUAUAACGUGGUGCAAGUGUGAAGGCAAAAUAGGUACCUAUAGUAUAAUUAAGGCUAAGUUGAGAAGGAUAAGCCGACACAGAGUUUUUAUCUUUCUAUAUAGAUGCAUUUAUAGACUUAUAAUGUAUGAUUCAAUUGCAUCUUCCAAUCACUCUCCUUUGAACUCUAUCUCCUUCUCCAAUCCCCUUCUCUGAAAACUUCAGCUUCCACAUGGGAGAAACUCAAGAAGUGCAACACUCCCAUGAAACUAGUUUCACCAUCCACAUGGGAGAAUCUCAAGAAGUGCAACUUAGCAAAAUUGCUAAUGGAGCGCAAGAAACAAAUUCCUUGGAGGGCAAUAAUUUUCGUGGUCCAAUGAAUGAAACGAUGAAGAGUAAGAAAAAAUUAUAUUACCGUUGGUUCAGAAUAGCCAUACAUUCUGCACUUGUGUUGGUGACUUCAUCAGCUGCAGUACUCCUUGGAAGAUUGUACUAUGAAAAGGGUGGAAAAAGUAAGUGGAUGGGAACACUUGUUCAACUUGGUGGUUUCCCUAUUUUGCUUCCUUAUUACUUGAUCACAGCACCCAAAAAUUUGACCACAAACAACAGCAGUCAUCCAAAUCAGCCAUCUGCUUCAAUGCUAGCUUUUGUGUAUGUCUCAAUUGGCCUACUUCUGGCAUUAGAUUGUUAUUUAUAUUCAGUUGGGCUAUGGUACCUUCCUGUCUCAACCUAUUCACUCAUUUGCUCAUCCCAGUUGGCUUUUAAUGCUUUAUUCUCAUACUUCCUCAAUUCACUCAAGUUCACACCUUACAUAGUAAACUCUUUAAUCCUUCUCACCAUUUCCUCUACCCUUCUUGUAUUUCAAAACGAGUCAUCAUCAGAUGAUUCAGACUCCACACAAAUAUCCAAGAAAAAGUAUGUGAUUGGAUUCAUAUGCACAGUUGGUGCAUCAGCAGGGUAUGGACUAUGGCUUUCCCUCACACAGCUUGUGUUCAAGAAGGUCAUGAAAGGGGAAACAUUCCAAGUGGUCAUGGACAUGAUAAUAUACACGUCUCUUGUUGCUACCUGUGUUACUGUAGUGGGACUUUUUGCUAGUGGUGAAUGGAAUGGUUUGACGAAUGAAAUGAAUGAGUAUGAGUUGGGGAAGGCUUCAUAUGUGUUGAACCUCACUUUCACAGCCACACUUUGGCAACUCUUUACAAUUAGUUGUUUUGGACUCAUCAGAGAGGUUUCUUCCCUCUUCUCAAAUGCCAUAAGCGCUUUGGGAGUGCCUAUUGUUCCAAUAUUGGCAGUGAUAUUCUUUCAUGACAAAAUGCACGGUAUCAAGGCUAUCUCUAUGGUGCUUGCUAUUUGGGGCAUUAUAUCAUAUGUGUAUCAACAGUACAUUGAUGACACCACGUCUGAAAACACAGUCAAUAGUCACGUUGCAAAACCUUCUGUACCUGAAGAAGAGGUUCAUAGAUAAGUUAGGUAGCCUUUUUAAGUCCAAUUUUGAGACUUAGAAACUCUAUCCCUGUUUGUAUUACAGAUUUACAACACUUACAAAUAUGUAUAUAUUACAUAUCAGUAAUUGAAUUUUGAAUUUAAUGGCUUUGCAA